AUGAACUGCUUUUGUUACGUUUGUAUAGUAAUCUUUAUUCUGUCCAUAAACUGCUUCGAUCCACUAUCGGCUCGAAACGAAUGUAUGAAAGUGAUCGGUACUUUGUUGUGUCCAUCGAAUCCAACUCUUGCUAACAACGUUCGUAUCGAUCUCAAGGAUGAAGACUCGCUACCGUUUGAAGUUGACGAUAUAAUGGGUCGUACUUGGUCACAAGGAAAUGGUUCGUUCGUACUGUCGGGUUGUGGCGCAGAUAUGGGUCCGUUCAAUAAGCCUGACCCAUACGUUUACAUCGAACACAAAUGUCCGAGUACUGUAUAUCCGUACAUUGUUAAUGCUACACGUAAGAUGCAAUUCGCUUUGGUACCCACUUUCUUGCCGAUGGUAUUGCGUAUCGGCAAAGUAUACCUCGACGAUUCUGAUGUAUAA